GAUUGGUGAGCUCUGGCCGGGAGCGGAAGCCGGUGUUUCGCAGCCCGGAGUAUUUGCAGCUGGUCACUCCAGUCUCCUGGGACUUUGACUAGCCUUACCCGGCGCGCUCCUGCUGAGGAUCGCCGGAGAUGUCGCUCGGCCGCCUUCUACCAGGAGCCUGAUCCAUGCCACCCGCCGCCCGGAUGGGACCACCAGAGUGCUCUAAAGUCUCCAGUGAAUAUUGAAUUGCUGAGGAUUUUGGGAAAAGACAAAGUUCCCAUUCCAUGGAUCCCUUAGGUGCACCUUCCCAAUUUGUGGAUGUGGAUACACUACCAGGCUGGGGUGACUCAUGCCAAGAUGAAUUAAAUUCCUCUGAUACUACAGCUGAAAUAUUUCAGGAAGACACUGUUCGAUCACCUUUUCUUUAUAAUAAGGACGUCAAUGGAAAAGUGGUUCUUUGGAAAGGAGAUGUGGCAUUACUGAACUGUACAGCCAUUGUGAAUACCAGCAAUGAAAGUCUCACAGAUAAGAAUCCUGUGUCAGAAAGUAUCUUCAUGCUUGCAGGGCCUGAUUUGAAGGAAGAUCUCCAGAAACUUAAAGGGUGCCGAACAGGUGAAGCAAAAUUGACAAAAGGAUUCAAUCUAGCUGCCCGGUUCAUCAUUCACACAGUGGGACCUAAAUAUAAGAGCCGCUAUCGCACAGCAGCUGAGAGUUCCCUUUAUAGCUGCUACAGAAACGUACUUCAACUAGCAAAAGAGCAGUCAAUGUCUUCUGUUGGCUUCUGUGUCAUCAAUUCUGCAAAACGUGGUUAUCCUUUAGAGGAUGCAACACACAUAGCACUUCGCACUGUAAGGAGAUUCCUAGAGAUUCAUGGGGAAACCAUUGAAAAAGUAGUAUUUGCUGUCUCUGAUCUUGAAGAGGCUACUUACCAAAAGCUGCUACCUCUGUACUUCCCAAGGUCAUUAAAGGAGGAGAAUCGAUCAUUGCCCUACCUACCUGCAGAUAUUGGAAAUGCAGAAGGGGAGCCUGUGGUACCUGAACGACAGAUUAGAAUAAGCGAGAAACCUGGUGCUCCAGAAGAUAACCAAGAAGAGGAGGAUGAAGGCUUGGGAGUUGAUCUCUCUUUCAUUGGCUCUCAUGCUUUUGCUCGAAUGGAAGGAGAUAUCGACAAGCAAAGAAAACUGAUCCUUCAAGGACAAUUAUCAGAGGCAGCUCUGCAGAAGCAGCAUCAAAGAAAUUAUAAUCGCUGGUUAUGUCAAGCAAGAUCUGAGGAUCUGUCUGAUAUUGCUUCUCUAAAAGCCUUAUACCAAACAGGUGUUGAUAACUGUGGUCGAACAGUGAUGGUGGUAGUUGGAAGAAACAUUCCCGUAACAUUAAUAGAUAUGGACAAGGCUCUCUUAUAUUUCAUUCAUGUAAUGGAUCACAUUGCUGUGAAGGAGUAUGUAUUAGUGUAUUUUCACACUCUGACCAGCGAAUACAAUCACCUGGACUCCGACUUCCUGAAGAAACUCUACGAUGUUGUUGAUGUCAAGUACAAGAGGAAUUUGAAGGCUGUUUAUUUUGUUCACCCCACAUUUCGUUCAAAGGUGUCAACAUGGUUUUUUACCACCUUUUCUGUCUCAGGACUGAAGGACAAAAUCCACCAUGUGGACAGCCUCCACCAGCUGUUUUCUGCCAUAUCACCAGAACAGAUCGACUUUCCUCCUUUUGUCCUUGAAUAUGAUGCCAGGGAAAAUGGGCCUUACUAUACAUCAUAUCCCCCAUCACCAGAUUUGUGACCUGCCAUCUUUCAGUGCUUCUUGGUUCCCAGGAUGCCACUUCUUCGAUGAAUAGCUACCUGUUGAAGUGAUAUUCAUUGUUGCUGUACAGAUCCAGAGAGCCUUUUGUCCCCACCUCUCUGGUAUUUUUUUAUUGACUGUAUAUUUUCUGGCACAUGAGCAAUCUGAAAAUGGUAGGCCAUUCUGAACUGCACACAUUUUAAAUUUGUAUAUUUAUAUCAAAUGGAAAUGUUCAUUUUUAGAUUGUUAAUAGAAAUUGGGGAGCAACUUUUGAGUAUCUUUAGUUUCCUGAAGGACACCGAAUUCUCCAUUAGAUAAACACCAAGACUGUUCACGUCAUCUCUCUAACAUCGCACGCUUCCUUUGUGUACUUAAGUGAUUCUCGAAAUAUAUAGAACCAAUGUAUGCUAACCAGAUGCAUUGUUUGCUUCAGAUCCAUGGUGUUAAUACCAUGUACAUUUUAUAAAGAUAAUUCGGCUGUGUUAAAAGAGAAUUAUCUGAGUCCAAGAAUGUGGAAAUGUAUCUGACAAAAAACAUCAAAAUCAUUAGCAAAAUAUAGGACUUAGAAUGUUAGUGUACAAGUUAAGACUAAAGUUUAAGGACUAAGGUUCCUUGGAUUAUAUGAUUUGUUAAGAUUGCCACAGUUCUGAUCUCAACAGUGUGGGGGAAACAAGAAGACUGUAUCUUCAGCCUUUUUCCUAUAAUCAUGGAUGAUUUGGUCUUAUUCUAAAGGACCGCACAUAUUAGUACUCUUAACAGCAUCUUCCAAGACUCCAACAGUGAGCAUUUAGAGAGUGUGUUGUCUUCCAGAGUCAUGAAUGAUUUUGUUUAGCUAUCAGGUCUACUACCUCUAAGGACAUUUCAUAGCAGCGUCUCUUGAGUUGCCUGCAUCAAUGUGGAGGAAGUGUGUCACAGUGAACAAAUCCAGGGAGCUGAUAAUUGGCAAAAGACCACUUUUACCACUCAGGCUCUAUUUGUGCCUUAGCUUGCUUAUGAGUAAAAAUUAGAAUUAUGCUGCCUACCUCACAGAGGUAUCAUGAAGAUAGCAUUUAGAAAGGGCUUUGUUGUGGUGGGGUAUCUUCAGUUAGUUUUUAAAUGGGAAUAAAUAUAUAUGAGGGAAUGCUACACAGCACUCCUCUUGUCCUUGAUACCAUUUGAGUGAUUUUUCUUUUUGUGUGGCAAGACCUGUUAGUGUAAAAUUCCAACCCUUACGACCUCCUUCCUCUUUCGUCCAGAAUCUCUUCUGGCCUGCUCAUCCCCUGAUGCUGUACUUCAAUGAGAGGCAUCUGUUGGCCAUUUUAAACAUUUCUUCUUGAAUUAAGGUCAAACCAUUAUUAUUUCCACCUGGGUAGCUUCGUACUCUUUUUUGAUUCCUACAGCCACCUCCCCAUGGCCCCAUCUUCCUUACCCCAUCACGUAUAUUGGCAGUUUAGAGAAAAAAAAAAAGCAGAACCUUUCUGUUCUAUCAUGUGCUCCAGAUCAGUGCUUCCAAGGGUCCCAUUCUUUUCUGCCCAAACUAAUUCUUCAUUGGAGAUCAAAGAAACAUAUUCUCUUCAUUUAUGAUAGGGAAAUGCCCCUAUAGUUGCAUUAAAUUCAUCCUGUAUUUUCCCAUAUAAACAAGAAGGGACUUUACAUUUUUUAGAUAAAGGUUCUUAUCUUUGGCAUGUAUUGAACACAUUUUCUUUGUGUCAGACCUCAAAAUUACUUGAUCCUUAUAUAUACAUCUAUGUUAAGAUUUUCUCUUAUGUCCCCUAGGUCAUCACAUCCAGGCAGCCAGUCAGAUGUCAGAUGUUAAGCUUUCUCUCAAAUAGUACUUUUUUUUUUUUAACCCCUUGGGCCUUGUACCUUAAAAGUCUGAAACUUUAACUUCAUCUUCUGCAGUCAAUUGUGAGAUCAUAUUUGAGGUAUCUUCUUCACAAGGAGCAGCUAUGAAAGUCUGCCAACUUUUCCUUGUUAAAGGGGAACUUGGCUACCUCAAGAAUCUGGCCCAAACCAUUUUCUGUAUAGAUAAUAGAGGCUGUAAGCUACUUUGCCAAUUUGAAAGGAAGCAAAUUUAUAUAUAUACAAUUUCUUACAGGCAAUAAUUUUGAAAGGAUGUUCCUUUGCUAUAUUCAUACCAGUAUAUUAAUGUUUAGUAACACAAGCAGGAUUCUACAUAUGCUGAGAUUUUAAUGCAAUUGAUGUCCUAGGGUAUAAAGGUGGUACAGAACUAUAUAGAUAUCAACUGUGUUGUAUAAUUCAAUGAUGACUAAAGAAAGAUAAGGACCACUCUUCUCACUGAAACUAAAUUUGAUGUGGGACCAAGUUCAUGCUUUUAUAGAUGUCUAAAGUGUUAUAGAAUGAAGUUGCUUCAAAGUACCAAAUCCUAGAGGAGAAACAUAAUGACAUUGAUAUUGAAAUGAUUAAGCAACAUUUGGUAUACCAAUCUGCCUUUGUGAAAAGGUUUAGCCUGAAUAUUACAUGCCAUUUUCAAGGAUAUAUUAGAGGAUAAAGGGGAUACUGGAUGGAGAUGACCACCAGCAUCUGAUGUUAAUUCAAAGCACCACCAAGUCUUUAAUUUAAUUAAACUUUGAUCAUGCCAAAUGCUAAUUGAAUUGUUGAAGAUACAAAUUAUUAAAUAUUAAUUUAUUAAUCAUGCAAGGCAUAAUAUGAUUUUUAAAACAAGUAUACUUCUUGCUUCCACAUGUAUUUGGGUUCUUAAUUCAUCUAUAUCCAAGUUUCUUGAUAGUGAAAAUUACCUCUUAAAAAAAAGUUCAGCCUUUAUUAGACUCGGUGAGGGCAAAUGAUACAUAUUUUAAAGAUGUUUUCUCCUUUAAUGUAUAUUAUAUUUCAUUGGCAGAUGUUUUAUAUUUCCUUUUUCUUUUUCUUUUUUUUGGAGGCAGUCUUGCUCUGUCACCCAAGCUGGAGUGCAAUGGUGCGAUCUCAGCCUACUGCAGCCUCCGCCUCCCAGGUUUCAGUGGUUCUCCUGCCUCAGCCUCCCUAGUAGCUGGGACUAUAGGUGCCUGCCACCAUGCCUGGCUAAUUUUUUUUUUUUUUUUUUUUUUUUUUUUUUUCAGUAGAGACAGGGUUUCACCAUGUUGGCCAGACUGGUCUCAAACUCCUGACCUCAAGUGAUCCGCCUGCCUCGGCCUCCGAAAGUGUUGGGCUUACCAGUAUGAGCCACCAUGCCCAUCCUGUAUUUCCUUUUUCAAAAGAAUACAUCUGCAGUAUUUUGGGAGUAAUUAGCAGAGGAUUUUUUGAGUAUUUUUGGUAGGAAAAAUAGAUGUAGUUUUUUUACUAAAUUUCUGAAAUUGAAAAGAAAAUAUCACUUCUUUUUAAAGAGGGAUAAGUGUAGUCACUCUAGUAGAAAAACAUGGCUUGCCUAUUUCCUCUUCUUUUCUGUUUGCUUGGAUAUUGUAAUGAAUUCAAACUGUAGGUUUAGUCUUGUCUUUAUAACAGUUAAUGGAGAAGUGAUAAAAUUAAGUAUUCAGCAUAAACUAAAGAUCACUCUUUGUAUUUCCCUGAUACAUUGACUGUAUGUAUGUAUACAGAGUUUAAAUUGCUUAAUAUAUGCACAGAAAUGAUUAGAAUUUGAAGUACUAUAUAGAGGAGAGUUACAUGGUUCUAGUGGCAGUGGAUUGAUUGUAUUAAGGACCAAAAGAACUACAAGAUAAUAUAAAAACACCUUGAAAACUGGAGUUAGUUAGGUUUCUUUUUCUUUUUUUUUUUUAAGGGCCUUACUAUACUUUUUUUUUUUUUUUUUUUUUUUUGGUCACCCAGGCUGGAGUGCAAUGGCGCGAUCUCAGCUCACUGUAAUCUCUGUCUCCUGGGUUCAAGAGAUUCUCCUGUCUCAGCCUUCCCAGUAAGUGAGAUUACAGGCAUGCACCACCGUGCCUGGCUAAUUUUUGUAUUUUUAGUAGAGACGGGGUUUCACCAUGUUGGCCAGGCUGCUCUUGAAUUCCUGACCUCAAGUGAUCUGCCCACCUCGGCCUCCCAAAGUGCCAGAUUACAGGCAUAAGCCACCGUGCCUGGCCAGGUUUCUGAUUAUAGUUUUCUUAAGUUGUAAUCAUCAUAAUUAACGUGCACUAGAGUGUUUUAACUGUGCUGGCACUAAUGCUUCUUGGCAUAUAAUUAACUCUUGUUUUGCAAUUGCCUGAGACCAUCAAGAAUGAAGGAGGGCUUUACCUUACCUUAGUCAUUUUGGGUGAAUACCAUAAACUGGGUGGCAUAACAAAACAUAUUUAUUUCUCACAGUUGGAGGCUGAGAAACCCCAAGAUCAAAGUGCCAUCCAGCACAAUUCCUGAUGAGGGCCCUCUUCUGGUUUGCAGAUGAUCUGCUUCUUGCUGUAUUCUCACUUGGCAGAGAGAGAGAGAGAGACAUCGUUACUUUCCUGUCUCUUCUUAUAAGGGCACUAAUCUCAUUCGUGAGGACUCCACCCUUAUUACAUGAUUACCACCCAGAGUCCCCACCUCCAAAUGCCAUCACUUUGUAUGGUAGGGCUUCAACAUAUCAAUUUGCAGGCGAGGAGGAGAACAUAAGCAUUCAGUUCAUAACAUACCUAUAAUCUAGGUCAUAUCAUAAACCCAGAGAUGAUAAGGAUUGCCUAGUAGGCCUAACCAUAUAUACAUAUACAUGCAUGCACACACACAUAUAUGCAUAAUCUGCCUUGCUUUACAUUCUUUGAGUCUGACUUCUGUGGUCCAUAUGUAAAGAACAUAGAGCAGUAAAUAACCUAGUUUCAAGCUUUGAGUCUUACUGAACUAGUCCUUAAACAGAUGGUAUCAAGAUCAUUUUAGUUAUUAAUGACUCUCGUAUAUUAAUUAUUUUUUACGCUUUUAGGAACAGCAUGUUUGAAUCUUUUCAAGUAUAGUAUGUCUUAAAUGUAUAGGACCACUGAGUUCAAGAAGAAAAGCAUAGGUAUUCUCUAGGUGAAUUACACUAAAAAAAUCACAACUGGAGAAUGUGAUCUAAUACUUAUGUUGAACAGUAAAGCUAAUACAUUUUAUAUACACAGUCACACCUUUUUUUUGUAAUGUGUUUGGUUAACGUAAGCACACAGUCAUCACAGACUGAGACAGGACUUUGUUAGACCAGAUCUUGUAAGCUAAAUAUUUAAGAGCUUAACAUAUAUAAAUGAUUUUAAUUGCUAUUGGGCGAAGGAAACCUAAAAAUGCUUAAAUUGACAGAUCUUACAAUUUGCUUACUGAAAAUUCAGAAAGCUUUUAUGGAAACUUUGUAUUUUAAAAUAUUUUUUGCUCAUUCUGAACUAGAAGUUAGAUCCCUUUUAAAGAGGGUCUCACUCUAUACAAAUAUAGCCUAUGAAGAACCAAUAGUGAAAUAAUAGUGUUUAUAUUGAACCCCAGGAUAGGACAUUUUUUGACCAUUUACAUCAGGUCUUUCUCUAAUUACCAAAGUUAACCUGAAGAGUAGUUAAAAACUCAGUGAAUUUUAGUCAACAUUCUCUGUGGAGACCUGGACUAGUGCUUCCCAAACUUUCAUGUGCAUGUAUCAAAUCAGCUGAGGAUAUUAUUAAAUGGAGAUUCCGACUCAGUAGUUCUGGGGUGGCCUCUGGGAUUAUCAGUUUCUAACAAGCUCUUAGGUGUUAUCAAUUCUCCUGGUCCCCAGACCAUAGAUAGAGUAAGAGUAUAGACUGCAUUUAGCUUCCAGAUUUUCUCUUGCAAGGAAAGGAGACAGAACUAUCAUUGUAAUUCUUCCUGUGGUCCAGGCACUCUAACGUUCAUCGUCUCUUCUAAUGCUCUUACAAAUCCUGUGAGGUUGGUGAUAAUAGAAGUUACCUACUGAAGAUGACAUUCACAAGCAGGACCGACCGUGUAGACCAGUUUUCUCAAACUAGGUAUAAAUGCUUCAUGUUUAUAUGUCUUGCCCAAGUAUAAAACCAAAACAAGUUUAUGGGUUAACACAAGCAAAACUAUAAAACUAAUAAAAUUUAAAAUAGUAUUAAAUAAUGAUGUUUUGACAAAAUGAAAUCAUCACUUGUAAUGUGAUUAUGGUACUGAGUGCUACAGUACAGGCUCUUUUCAGCUCAAUAGGCAUGUACUACCAUAUGCUAUGUGAUGACCCAAUUCACCCCGUUUUUUUCUAUUCAGACUAUUACUUUAAUUUGUGCAGCACAUAGUGAUGUUAUUUGGUCCUCAUCUAGCCUGAAUCCAUCAUUCCCCUAUUAAAACAGCCUCUGUUCUCCAUAAGCCUUCUACCACUAAUAAGAACUGGGCCUUAACAGGGAAGUCAAUACAAAUACAAACCUAAGCACUGAGAUGGUUCUGCCAAUAUUUGGUUUUAAUACAAUUAUCCAAAUAAUUCAGAACAUGAAUAUUAUUUUAAAAUGUUUCAUCAACAUGAAUAAUGCAUAAUUCUCAUAGUAAGUUCAUGCGCACUUUCCUACACCCAACACAUACGUACUCCACAAGGAUUUCUCAUGGACCCCAGUUUAAGAAGCAACAAUUUAGUGGUCAGUAGCAUUGGCGCUUUGGCUUCUGACACACUCAGACCUUGGGCCUGUUUCUCAACUUUUUCUGAACCUCAGUGUUUUCAUGUAUUCAACAGGGAUAAUAGUAAUUGAAUAAUUAGGAGGAACAAAUGCAAUAAUGUACAUAAAGCGUGCAUAGUAGUGUUUAUAAAUAGCAGCCACCACUGCUUUGAUUAGAAAUAACAGCUAACAUUUGAGGAUUUACUGUGUGCCUUGAACGCUGCUGAGCUCUUUAUAUAUAUUACAUAUUGAGUAGUAGAAUCAGGAUGCAAAUCCAGAUCUGACUCCAAAGCUCAUGCUUUUAUAAAACAUAAUUUAAAUAUACAAUAUCAAUGUAAAUUGCUUAUUUAGAAAGUUUCUUUUCUUAUAUUUUCUCAAAAAUAUUUAUUAUCAAAUUAGUGAUUCUGUAGAGGGGUAAAUAGCUAAAUUUCCUUUUAAAAAUUGUAUGAUGUGCUGAUUUCAAAUUGACGUGAAAUAUAGAUUUCAUUUAAAGACAGUCAUGCCAGAUUGUGCUACAGUAAAGGAAUAUUCAGACCAUUGGUCUCAACUUAGCAUUAUUAUUCUCUUGCAUAUUUAUGAUCAGUAACUAAUAACAUGAGAUUCUCCCUGAAUUGCAAUAUAGCUUUUUUUGCAGAAAAAGCAUUCCCGCCCAUCAGUAUUAUUCCAUGUCAGUUUUGUGAAAUAGUGUGCAAACAUCCUAACGUUCAUAUGUAAAACAUCUUUCAAAACUUUAGUUUCUAGUCAGUCUUCUAUCUUUCCUUAGUUUUCUAAGGUAAACUCUGCAAUUCUGUAAAAAUGAAGAAACAUACUGUAGGCUGGAUUUUUGUUUGUUUUGCUUCAUCUCUGUUUGGAUAAUGGGAGGAAAUACUAGUAGAGAGUUGCAAAAGAAACCACUCCAGUAAUUAUUUAUUAAUGAAGAUGGUAGUUAUCAAAUUUAAAAAUUUUCUCUACUUACUAAAACAUAAAUUUGCACAAAUUAUUAAAGUAGUGGAGACAUGAAAUAUGAGGCUGUUAUUGAAUUUUGUUAAUUAAGAUUAUUUUUAAAAUAUGUCCCUUUGUCCCAUCCUAGAUAACAACACAAUAAUAAUAAUCUAUGUUGUGGAAAUUAUUGAUUCUUUUCCAUUGCAGCCUCUUUUCUACAUUUCCAGAGUCUUCAAGUUUAGUGAAUGAAUUUCUCUCCGUAUGUGCGGGUUAUCAAGAUAGAACAUACGUUUUCUGUUUUCAUCACUGCCUCAACAUAUCAUACCAUAAGAAAAUUGCUUGACUGGGCACAGUGACUCACGCCUGUAGUCUCAGCAUUGUGGGAGGCCGAGGGGGGUGGAUCACCUGAGGUCAGGAGUUUGAGACCAGCCUGGCCAACAUGGUGAAACCCCAUCUCUACAAAAAUUAACUGGGCAUGGUGGUGCACACCUGUGGUCCCAGCUACUGAGGAGGCUGAGGCAGGAAAAUCGCUUGAACCCGGGAGGCGCAGAGGUUGCAGUAGCCAAGAUCGUGCCACUGCACUCCAGCCUGGGUGACAGAGUGAGACUCUGUCUCCAAACAAAAAAAGAAAAAGAAAAGUGCUCUGGCACUGGCAUAACAUUUAUAGAUACAGCCCAGUCUUCCUAAUUUUCUUCAUUUCAGCAAUGUUAUUUGACUUGAGUUAUAAGCCUAGUUCAGUUAAAGUUAUGGUCCUCUUUCUCUUAUUGAAUACAAAUAAGACAUUUUUAUAUAACUUUUCCUUUACUACUUGAACGGGAUGGCCUCUAGUCUUUUGCUUCUUUAAAAUCCAAACUUACUGUUUGUUAGUAGGUUUAUAAAGCAUUUGACUAUUUAUGUUUUCUAGUUUAAAUGUGUCUGGUAUUUACAUUUUGAAAUACUUAAUGUAAAUUAUAAAAUGUAUUUUUUGAAAUAGGGAGUUAUGUUAUCAAUUUUAGUUCUAAAAGUAAAUUAGGUGUCAAAAUUUAUUAUGAAAGGGGAUACUGGUUCUCAGACAGUUCAGAAUCACUGAAACCUCUUAUUUUACAAAUGAAGAAAUGGAGGCUCAGGCAGGUUAAAGCAGAUUGGACUAACGCCAAAUCAUGUAGAUUCUAGGUACUGUCAGGGUGACAUUACCGCUGAUAGCUUAAGCUGUUUGGUUGAUAACUACAUUUGCACAGCUGUCAGACUUUAACAUUCCCUCUUAUGUCCUCUAAAGAAGGGGGAUUUUAAAAAAUUCAUUAUUUAUUUUUUGUUUACAUGACACUUGCUUAGCCAAGUUCCAGGGGAAGACCAGAGUUCAGGAACUAGCAGCAGAGGUUAGCAAUCAUCAUUCUGGGAUUGUGAAAAUAUUUUGAGGUGGGUUUAAUGUUAAAUUUAAAUAUUUGGGAUUUUUUUUCUUUACACAAAUGCCCAUUUACUGUCUCAUCCCUUAAAUAGAAAUUCCUCCUUUCAGCAAAGUUAAACAGGAGAGCAGCAUUUAGAAUCACCUCUUGGGCAACCAAGUAACACUAAGAAAAUGUUUAUCUGAAUAUGAUGAACUUACACCACCUAGAAAACUGCACAGACUUGGGCAGUGAUACCAUAUCAAGUGCCAAAAGUGUGCCAAGAUAAGCUUCAUAAUAAAAUUAUGGAGGCUCUCACAAGAGAAACUGAAUUCUUACCUAUGAGCUCAUUUUUCUGACAUUAAUUUGAUAGCAUGGAAAUUCUAGCUUGUUCCUGCCUGAAAUGGGCAAGAUCACAAUACAGAGAAAAUCUAUACUUCUUCCACCCAUUCAGCAAAUCAUUACUAAGGAUCUAUAUGUUGAAGUAAUGCUAGCUGCUGUAACAAACAAUCUGAAAAUGCAUAAUGGCUUAACCACAAUAGAAAUGUAUUUUUCACAUAAAGCCUAAACAGACGUUCCUGAUGAGCAAGUAGCUCUUCUCCAAGUCCUGAUUCAGAGACCUAAGUAUCUUCAAUAUUGGGGGCCCGCCAGCUUCAACAUGUGGCUCCAAAGGAUUCAUGCUUUUCUGCUUCAAGCUGGCAGAUGGGAAAACAGCAUGGAGGACCUGCCCACAAAGUUUUUAUAUGUCAGACCUGGAGGUGGCACAUACCACUUCUGUUCAAAUGCCAUUGUGUAGAACUCAGUCACUUGGCUACACUUAAGUGCAAGUUUAGGAGGCUAGGAAAUGUAGUCUGUAGGCCCAGGAUGAAGAGAGUAAGAGUUUGGUGCUAGCUUUCUGCAAUAAACUUUUGGGCUGUCUGCUAGGUACUGGAAACAUAAAAUUAUAAAAGAGAUAUUCCAGCUAAGUGGAAAUAAAUUGCAACAUAGUGAAAGAAAUGCCUCACUACAGAUAUAUCAAAUGUCAUUUCACAGAGUAAGUCAAAUGACACAUGAUCACAGUUUUGCCUCAAACAAAAUCCCAUGGCAUAACUUGGGACACUGAACUGAAGCUCUUAGUUUCUUGAAUCCCUAUCACCAUAUGUGCACAUACAGGCUAAUAGCUUAUAAGUAUUCUGUGUUCCAUUUCAGAUAACCACAGUAAAGUGAAUAGUGCAAUAAAGCAAGUCACCAGAAUUGUUUAAUUUCCCAGUGCAUAUAAAAGUUAUGUUUACACUAUAGGUUAUUAAGUGUGCAAUAGUACUAUGUUUUUUAAAAGCCAAUGUACAUACCUUAAUUUAAAAAUUCUUUAUUGUGAAAAAAUGCUAACGAUCAUCUGAGCCUUCAGCAAGUCGUAAUCUUUUUGCUGGUGGAGGGUCCUGCCUUGAUGUUGAUGGCUGCUGACUGCUCAAGGUGGUGGCUACUAAAGGUUGGACUAACUGUGGCAAUUUCUUAAAAUAAAACAGCAAUGCAGUUUUCCACAUCCAUUGACUGUUCCUUUCACAAACGAUUUAUGUGUAGCAUGCAAUGCUGUCCUAUAGCAUUUUACUCAGAGUAGAACUUCUUUGAAAAAUUGGAAUCAGUCCUCUGAAACCCUGCCAGUGCUUUAUCAACUAAGUUUGUGAAAUCUUCUAAAUCCUUGUUGUCAUUCCAGCAAUGUUCACAGCACCUUCAAUAUAUUCUAUCUCAAGAAACUGCUUUGUUUGCUCAUCCAUAAGAAGCAGCUCCUUAUGCAUUAAAGUUUUCUCUUGAGAUUGCAGCACUUCAGUCACAUCUUCAGGCUUCACUUCUAAUUCAAGUUCUCUUGCUAUUUCAACUACAUUUGCAAUUACUUUUUCCAUGGAAGUCUUGAGCUCCUCAAAGUCAUCCAUAAGGAUUGGAAUCUACUCCCAAACUCCUAUUAAUAUUGAUACGUUGACCUCCUCAUGAAUCACAAAUGUUCUCAAUGGCAUGUAGAAUGGUGAGUCCUUCACAGAAGGCUUUAAUUGACUUUGUCCAGAUCCAUCAGAGGAAUUACUAUCUGUUGCAGCUAUUGCCUUACAAAAAAUGCAUUUGGUAAGUAAUAAGACUUGAAAGUUGAAUUCACUCCUUGAUUCAUGGGCUGCAGAAUGGAUGUUAUAACAGGCAUGAAAAUUUCAUCUUGUAAAUCUCCAUUAGAGACUUUGGGUGACCAGGUGCGUUACCAAUGAGCAGUAAUACUUUUAAAGAACUCUUCUAAGAGGUAGAUCUCAACAAUGGCUUAAAAUAUUCGUAAACCAGCCAGUCACGGUGGCUCACACCCGUAAUCUCAGCACUUUUGGAGGCUGGGGCAGGUGGACCAUGUGUCUGGAGUUCAAGACCAGCCUAGCCAACAUGGUGAAACCCUGUCUCUACUGAAAAUACAAAAAUUAUCCAAGCGUGGUGUCACACGCCUGUAGUCCCAGCUACUCUGGAGGCUGAGGCAGGAGAAUUGCUUGAACCUGGGAGGCAGAGGUUGCAGUGAGCCGAGAUUGCACCACUGUACUUCAGCCUGGGCAAGAAAGUGAGACUCUGUCUCAAAAAAUAAUAAUAAUAUUCAGUAAACCAUGCUGUAAACAGGCUGUCAUCUGGGCUUUGUUGUUCCAGUUAUAGAGCACAGGUAGAGUAGAUUUAGCCUAAUUCUUAAGGGCCAUAGAAUUUCUGGAAUGGCAAAUGAGCAUUGGCUUCAACUAAAGUCACCAGCUGCAUUAGCCCCUAAUAAGAGAGUCAGACUUUCCUUUGAAGCCAGGUAUUAACUUAUCUCUAGCUAUGAAAGUCCUAGAGGCAUCUUCUUCCAAUAGAAGUAUAUAUUCUCUAAUUUGAAAAUCUGUAGAGAUGUUCAUCUGUUGAUGAAGGUAGUUACACUACCUUCAUCAGUUAGCUAGAUCUUCUGGAUAACUUGCUGCAGCUUCUACAUCAAUACUUGCUGCUUCACCUUGCACUUUUAUGUUAUGGAGGUGGCUUCUUUCCUUAAACCUCAUGAACCAACCUCUGCAAGUGUCAGACUUUUCUUCUGCAGCUUUCUCACUUCUCUCAGCCUUCAUAGAAUUGAAGAGAGUUAGGGUCUUGCUGUAGAUUAAGCUUUGGCUUAAGGGAAUGUUAUAGCUGGUUUAAUCUUAUAUUCAGACCACUAAAACUUUGUCCCUAUUUACUGAUAGGGACACACAUUUCAUCACAUUUUGUGCUCACUGGAGUGCACUUUUAAUUUCCUUCAAUAACUUUUUUUUUGCAUUCACAACUUAGCUGUUUGGAGCAAGAAAUCUAGCUUUCAGCCUGUCCAGGCUUUUGACAUACCUUUCUCCCUAAGCUUAAUCAUUUCUAGCUUUUGAUUUAAAGUGACAGAUAUGUGACUCCUCCUUUCAAAUGAAUACUUAGAGGGCAUUGUAAGAUUAUUAAUUGGCCUAAUUUCAGUAUUGCUGUGUCUCAGGGAAUAGGGAAGCCCAGAGAGGGCAAGACACAGUGGAACAGCCGGUCAGUGGAGCAGUCAGAACACACAACAUUCAUUGAUUAGGUUUUCCAUCUUAUAUGGGUGCAGGUUGUGGCCCCAAAAUGAUUGCAAUAGCAACAUCAAAGAUCACCAUAUUAGUAUAAUAAUAAUGAAAAAAAUUGAAAUAGUCUUGCAAUAUUGACACAUCAGUAUUGCAAUGUCUUGCAAAAUGUGACACACAGACAUGAAUUGAGCACGUGCUGUUGGAAAAAUGGCACUGAUAGACGUGCUUGGUGCAGGGUUGCCACAAACCUUAAAUUAAAAAAAAAAAUUAUGUUUUCCAAGCACGAUAAAGCAAAGCACAAUAAGAUUAUGUAUGCCAAUAUUCUAAAACAAACAGGAUGGAGGAGCAUCUAGACAUUCUUAACUGAAUCUUGUAAUAAUCUUACUACUCAAAGGAAGGUCUGUGGAUCAGGAACAUUGACAUGUUAGGAAUAUAGACUGUCAGCCCCCACCCCAGCAUUACAGAAUCCGGAUUCCAUUUUAUCAAGAUGCCCCAGGCAAUUUACAUCCACAUCAAGGUUUAAGAGUCCUUGUAAUCCUGGCUCUGGCAUUUACUAGCAGUGUGAUGUUAGAUUGCAUAAUCUCUGUCUCCACUUUGUCAGCUGUAAAAUAGAGGGUGGAGUGCAGGAAGACAGGGUGCAUGUAAUUGGAUAUUGGGAUAUCUCUAGAGAUAAGGUACACAAAUGUUAAAUAACACCUCUUGCUUAGUAAGCAUUGGUUAUUUUCACAUGCUAAGUACUUUCAAAAACAACUGUAAGGGGACACAGCUUUCAAAUUCUCUUAAGUAUUUGAACUCAUCCUCUUUAAACCCUUACCCUUAUUUAUGUCAUAUUAAGGGUUUUUAGCCUAUUGAAAUGUUGGGGAGGGUUUUUAUUCAUAUGGUUUAGUCUUUGUUCCUUAGAGAUGAGUAAGCACAGGAAAAAUAAGCAUUUCCAAAAUCAGCAAAUAGUGUUUGUCCUAAUAAGCCCUAAUAUAGACAAAUGGCCAUAACUUCAAUCAAUGAAUUAUCAAGUUAUAAACUUAAAAAUAUACACAGAAACAAUCUGCUAAUUUGUCGAACCUUGAAGGACACUGACUGCUUAAUGGACUUUAGUCAUAAUAUAUUGUAACCCUAGAUUAACUGAAAUGGGUAAAAUGGGUAUGUAUAUAUAGAAUAAGUUUGUGCAAAGAGAAAACCUGGUUUUCAACUUCUUUGAAAACAUGUUUUAGUAUAAUCUUUGUGCAUCGUUUAGUAAGUGUAAUAUAUUCUAUUAAGUUUCAUGUUUGUCUUAUGUGAUGAUUUGGAAAGCACAUCCAGGUCUUUCAGUGUCUCGGGCUCAUCCUUCUCAUACUGUUUCACUUCAUCCUGUGUGGUCAGUGUAGAAGGUUAUCAGAGCAGAAUCUGUACUGCCUGCCCUAAGAACACAGUCUGGGACUUCCAGAGCAUCUUUAAAGUACGUUCCUAGUAUCAGCUUAUUUGGCUUUUGCCUCUUUUUCUAAAAGUAAAUUAUAAUGUUAAAAUUCCAGUUUAAUUAAGGUAUGUUUACUGAUGUUAUGGGAUGGCUUACUUUAGGCUCAUCAAAUUCUGUAAAACUGGAAAAGAAAUUGAAAGGCCUUAAUUCUUACAGCUUUUACUCAAGGAAAUGAGCAAAUCUAGCACCAUUUACAUUUGAGUUCAAAUAGAAAUAAGGUACUAACUUUAACCUCAAUUGUUGAAUUAUACCAUUGAUUUGUUGGAAUCAUGGAUCAGUGGGAACUUUUCAGAUUAAGAGGGAACUCUUUUCUGUUCCCAUCUAUGUCAAAACUUGUAUAUAUUUGUAUGCAUUCAGACCCUGCUUCUCAAUUCAUAGAGAAAUGAACUUAAAGUUUGGAAAGGAAGCAUGAGCAUGCUUCACAGUUGUUUUCUUUGUAAAGCACUUAGUACAAGGCCAGAACUAAGAGGUGCUCAAUGCUUUCUUAUUAAAUGUAUCUUAUUGGUAUGGGAAAAGGUGUCCUAGCAAACCUAUUUAAAAAAAAAAAACACCUAUUUAUUUAUUUAUGUAUUUUGUAGAGUCUGGGUCUCGCUACGUUGCCUGGGCUAGUCUCGAACUGCUGGCCUCAAGCGAUCCUUCUGCCUGAGGUUCCCAAAAUGCUGGGAUUACAGCAUGAGCCACCACAGCUGGGCAGCAAACCUAAUUUUGAGCCUAACGUAACACCUGUGGGAGUUAAGCAGGAAAGAAUUAAGAAUCUGCCCCCCCUCCCCCCGCCUUUUUUUUUUUUUUUUUUUUUGAGGCAGGGUCUCACUUUGUUACCCAGGCCGGAGUGCAGUGACGUGAUCAUGGCUCACUGCAGCUUCGACCUCCCGGGCUGAAGCGAUCCUCCCACCCCAGCCUCCUGAGUAGCUGGGACUACAGGCAUGCAUCACCACACCUGGCUAACUUUUUUAUUUUGUAGAGACAGAGUCUUGCUAUGUUGCCCAGGCUGGUCUCAAACUCCUGGGCUCAAGUGAUCCUCCUGCCUCCACCUACCUCCCCAAGUGUUGGGAUUCUAGGCAUGAGCCAUUGCAUCUAGCUGUACCUGGGGUUUUUUAUUUGUUUUGUUCUUAUGUUUAUAAUCAUUUAUUUUAUUAUGACAUGUACCAAAAUCAAACUAUAAUAUCAUAAUCCUGUACGAUAUUUUCUUUUGAUGUAAAGACUCAUAUGACAUAUGCCUAUUUCUAUUCUAAUCUUAUAGAGUGUAUCCUUUUUUGGUAUAUUUAUUUUUAUUUUCUUUCUUUUUUAGCAGCUUUAUUGAGAUAUAAUUUACAUAUUAUAAAUAUCAUCCAUUUAAAGUGUACAGUCCAAUCAUUUGUAAUACACUCCAAGAGUUGUAUAACCAUCACCACAAUCUACUUUUAGAACAGUUUCAACAUCCUGAAAAACUCCAUACCCAUUUGCAGAUUCCUUAUUCCCUCUGUCCUCCAUGCUUCCUCCCAUGUCUGGGUUUUACUACAGUGUGUGCUCCCUCUUAGACACUUCUUCAUGAUGUGUCUCAUAAGUAUUUGCUGAAUGAAUUAACAAAUUAACACAUGGGGGUACAUGUGAUAUUUUGAUACAUGUAGGGCAUUGUAUCCACACAGAACACUAGCUAUGAGUGGUAGCUAAGGUUAGUUGAAAGGGCAGUGGAAUAGGUGUCAAAAGACUUGAUUCAAUCCUAACUGUGAUUCUUACCAGCAGUGUUGGGCCAGGUUCUGCGUCACUUGCCCCUUCCAAGUCUGUUUUCACAUCUAUAAAAUGGAGAUAUCAACAUCUGCUUCACAGGGUAGUUGUGAGAAUCAGUUGAGAAGAUCUGAUCACAGUACUUGGCAACAGUGCCUGGCCCACACUAGGAAGGUAAUUAUUGUUUGUUUGGCAAUGGAAGAUAAACUCCUAGGUUUGUGACCAGGGGAAAUAUCUGCUACCAGAUUAGAGAUUAAGGAAAUCUUGUAGCAGGUAUUUUCCCUGGUGGGGGUUCAAAGUAAUGUCAUAGCACAUUUCAGUGCUUCAGUCUCUCUAGUUUCCUUUUUCAAAGAAGAGAAUUCUAGAGUAAAAAUUACAACUACUGUGCUUACCUUUCCUCGCAACUGCUGCUCUACUAUUUCUACAUAAUAGCUGUUUCUUCUCCACAUACUAAUGUUGAUUAUUCCUGUAGAACACACACUUUCUUAUAGGCAAACACCAUCCAUCAACUAUGAAGAACUGACCUAGGAUGGAUUACCAGCUCCUCAUCCCAACCUCAGCAGUAUUUGUCACUCCUUUCCUUUACUGUGGGUGCACAAACCUUCUCCAGGAGGAGAAGCUGUCUAACAAGCACUGACAGCCUGGGAAUGAUUGCUAGGCCUUCUUUCAGGGGCUAAGGAACAUAUUUAAUUGUCUUUGCAAUUCUUAUAGCUGCCAUCUCCCUCUGCCCCCAGAGUUGGCUUAGCAGAUUUGCUAUGCAUGUGCAUCUUAAGAAAAUAUUUCCUAUGCAAUCGUAAUGAAAUAGUAGUAGCUAUCAUUUAUAGUAUGCCAGGCAUUGUAAAAUAUAUAUUUUUUGCAUUGUAAUACAUAUAUAAUGUAGUAUCUAGGCAUUAUAAUAUACCUAUGUAUGUGUGUGUGUGUGUAUAUAUAUAUAUAUAUAUACACACACACACACACACACACACACAUACUAGUUUAUUGAGGCUCCUAUGUGACCUAAUAUAUGGCCAUUUUUGAUUGAUACAUAAUAGUUGCACAUAUUUUGGGGGUACAUGUGAUAUAUUGAUACAGGUAGGACAUUGUAAAUAUAUUAAGUCUUUACAAUAACCUGGCAAUUAUAUUGAAUAUUGUCAAUGAAAAAAAAUCUCUCAAGUUAGGUAUUUUUCUCAUUUUACAGAAGGAAAAAAGUAUCUUAGAGAAGUAAUGAAACUAGCUAUAAGGUAACAUCAGGGAAUAGAUUUUGGAAAGGCAGAGAUUAGGUAAGCCUACCUAUACAAAGCUUCUCACUGUUGGGCUAUCCAUUAUGUGACAUUGGUCUGGUAGAUAGAAGUAUAGGCUUCAAUUAAAAUUGCAGCCCAGCUAUUUACUAGCUUUGUGGCCUCUGAUAUAUUUCCCAAACUUGUUGAAUUUCACUUCUCUCAGAUGUAAAAAGUACUUGCUUCUUAAGAGUUGUGAAGCUCAAAUGACUUAAUACUUCUAAAAUGCUCAUAAAUAUUUAUUGUCUCAUUUAAAUAUUCCAAUUGCUGUGAUCAAAAUGUUUCACUCUGCACACUUAUCAGAUACACUUGAUUUUUUAAUUUUAAGGUAUAUUCAUUACUCAUUUAGAAGAUGUAUAUUUGGUGUGUCUAUCCUACAAGAGAAAAUUACAUUUUAAAUCAGGGUUGGCAUACUUUUUUAGUAAAGGGCCAGAUAGUAAAUACUUUAGGCUUUGCAGGCCAUGUGGUCUCUUGUCACAACUACUCAAAUAUGCUGUUGUAGCAUGAAAACCAUUAUAGAACAGUACAUUAACAAAUGGGUGUGCAAUGUUCCAGUAAGACUUUAUUUAUGGAGACUGGAACUUACAUUUCUAAUAAUUUUCAAGUUUAAGCAAAAUACUAUUUUUCUGUGUUCAACCACUUAAAAAUGUAGAAACCACACUUAACUUGAGGGCCAUAUAAAAACAAGCAGUGUGUCAUAGUUUGCCAAUCUCUGUUUUAAAUAAUUCAAUGGUUCUUUAAAGCUGAUGAAUCCAGCAGAGCCCUAAUUAUGGAAAAGCAUUGUGGAAGAGAGAAAUCAAGAGCCAGCCAAUCUAUCAGCUAGUUAGCCCAGAGCACAGCUAUAUUAAUCACUCCCUUGCCUAACACAAUUCAUGCAACUCCUUUGAGCUUAACCUUUUCAUCUUUAAAAAUGGAGUAAUGAUAUAUCUCCAACCCAUACCUACUUUUUCCUGGUGAAGGGAGUUUAAUAAUAAUAAUAAAUUACUGAAUUUUUAUCCCUGUGCUAGAUAUUUGAGUCAUUUAAGUUCUAAUCUUUUUAUUCCUACUUUAUAGAGGAAGAAAUGGAAGUUCAGGGAGCCAAAAAAAAAAAGAAAACAAACCUGUUCCAGGUUGUCACACCAGCGUCUAAGCCCAAGUGCGUUUGACUCAAACUCUCAUAAACUCUUCCAACCUCCUUAGUAGAAUGGAAAUUCCAUGAGAGCGGAGACCACACUGGACUUGCUCUGCACUACCCCAGUGCUUAGACUAGUACCUGGCAUAUAAUAGGCACUGAAUAAAUACUUGUUGAAUAAAUGAAUGAAUUUAUGCCAGUGGUUCUUAAUCUUAGGUUAGGGAUGGUUUUGAGAAAAUCUUAAAGUUGUGGAUCAUCCUUCCAGAUAAAUCAUAUCUCAGACUAUUGAAAGAAGGUGCUAUUCACCACACUGAAUAACAUUGAUUAGAAUUCAUAGGCAUGGAAACAGGAUUUUUAGAUGUCUUGUUUCUUUCUUUUUCCUGUGUUCAUGUUGAGGGCAUUACAUAGGCCUAAAAUGUUUUUUUUCUCUCUACAGUCUGCUCAUAGCUGUUUUUAAAUCUCUUCAGUCUCUUAAAUGUCACCUUCUCAAAAACUAAUACGUAAAAAUGACUUUUGUUGGAUCCAAACUACUUCAAAAUGAAAAGUGAGAAGCCUAUUAAGCCUAAUAUGCAAUUUUUUGUCUUCAGAAAUAGAGCUGUUAGGGAAAUAUCCACCCUUCAUUGCCUAAAGGCCAACCAAGUCUGAAGCUAGUACAUUGCUCAGAACAGACCUGCUGCUUCUGCUUCUUGUCAUGACUUACAGCUUUAUUUUCUACUCAAUGAGAGGAAGUUAUCAGUAUUCAGAUGUUACUAAGUUCAGGUGGUACUGGUUUAUAUUCGUUCUCCUGUAAAGCAUCUGUUGUUUUCGUACCUUGAGAUCAUGACGCAGUCCAGGUAAAUAAGAUUAAGGGUGUUUUGUUUUCACAGAAUGGUACAAAAACAAAAUCUAUUGUUUAGAAAAAAUUAAAGUACUGCUCUCACCUACUCCCCCUUUCCAACUUUAUUUUACUGUAUUCCCCUAAAAAGUUCCAUUGUAAAACCGAAGUAUUUUCUUUCACUGUCCCUGGGUGAGUCAUUCUAUUCACAUUUUGGUCUUGCCAUGCCAUUAUUUUCUCCAUGACACUUAUUACCAGGCUCCUAUUCAGCCACAUCAAUUGUUAAAAAUACUGAAAUACUUCCUUCCAUAUAAGCUGAUAAAUAGCUGCUGUCCUGAGCCAAGUACCCUUUGCUACCUGUCCCCCUUCCUCCAGAUUCCAUGGAUCUUCCCACAAUCAAACAAGCAAAGUUAAUACCUCAUGUCCUUCCAGGUCCCCACUCCAAAACUAUGGCCAACAUCUCUUCUGAUUGGUCAGUGCCAGUGCCAUGCCAGUUUAGAUAUCAUGCCUAUUUAUCACCAUAUAUAUAUGUGAAUGACUAGAGGCAUAGACUUAUCUGUUUUGUUCAUUGCAUUAUCCCCAAUGUCUCCUUGAACAGUUUCUGACAUAUAGUGGGCUCUCAAAUAAUUAUUGAAAGAAUAAAUGAAAUGUGCUUUUGCAUAUGGUACCAAAAAAGAUCUAAGACAAGAGAACCACUUGAUCAAUCAGGAUUUGGAAACUACUGGAUGAGUCAUAAGAGCAAGGAGGUCAUACAAGUUAAGUUAGAAUGCCUUUUUGGGGACAGCCAAAUGGUCUUUCCUUCAGUUUGGAGCCUUGAUUCACAGCAUUAACCCUUAAUACUUUCGUUUUUUCCAGGCAAGGGAAAUAUAAGUGAGUAUUGGGUUUCAAGUCUGAAAUUGCCUCACUAAUGACCAGAUACUAGGCCAGGAGAUAGUUGGCUUACACUUUAAGCCUACAAGGCUUGGAGGCCUAUGGUAAGGCUGUGAGGUGAUGAUGAGGCAAUCUUUCCAAGGAGUUUGUGCAGCCUUCUGUGAUUGUGGAGAUUCAAUCACCCAGAAUAACUAUAAUGAACCAUUAAGCCUGACUGGCCAGAGCUGUUCCUGUCCUUCCUGACAGCUGGGCCUCUGCACACGCACAGGAGAAAGAAUGAGCACCAAUGGAUUCUUAAUAUCUACUUGUGGAGCUACCCACAGGUAAAGCUCACCUACACAAACCUGGGCACCAUCAUCAGCAUGUCUCCUUUCCUAGGCUAGGAAACAAAGAAGAAACACAUGCAUUUCACCUCACCUUAGCAGAAUCCAAAGAAUUUAGUGUGGCAUGUUAUUAAAAAGUUCUCUGAUACUUCCUGCCUUUUCUUAAUAGCCACCUGUGACUGUCCCUGAACUUCUUCUGAACAUAUUUCUAGCCCAUUCUACCCCUUCUUUAUUUUACUCGUUGAUGUAUAACCUAUUUGUUCUAAAUAUGCCUUUUUAAAUGUUCUAGUAGCACCUGCUAAACAUGGCAUUUUACAUUUUGGUGAUCAUUUAGUUCCAUGAUCAUUUUCCUAAUGUCUUCUUCUUUAUGUAACCAUCCAAAGAUGAAAAUAGCUCUUAAUCAGGCCCCAUUUUCUUGGGGAACUGCUGAGCAUGUGGAUGGUCACCACAAACUAUUUUUUGGAUAUGUUUCUACUCUUAAUUGCACCAAAGAGUUUCUGUUUUGUCUUUCUCAGGACAGCAAAAUAACUCAGGUAGAACAAGGUGAUGCUCUGCCCUCUUGUUCUGGCUCUCCAACAAGUUUCCUUUGCAUGGUCUAUUUAGUGCCAUGAUUUUGGGUUGUCGCUUUUGUUUCUUUUUUGCUCCUUUUUUGGUAAUUUUGCUGUUUAAUAUGGUCCCAAGUGUAGUGCUGAAGUGCUGUCUGGUCUUCCUAAGUGCUUUGAUGUACUUUUACAGAGAAAAUACAUGUGUUAGAUAAGCUUUGUUUAGGCAUGAGUUUAGUACUGUUGAGUUCAGUGUUAAUGAAUCAACAAUAUUUGUUAAAUAAGAUGUCUUUAAACAGAAACACACAUAAAACAAUAUUAUGUAUUAACCAGUUGAUGAAAAUGUUGUGACCAGAGGCUCACAGGAACCUCACUCUCUAUUUCCCCUAGGAGCAGUGUUUCAGUAUUCACUAAUUCAGUGUUUAUGAUGACUUUAUAAAACAUUACUGCAAAUAAUGAGAAUCAAUUAUAGCUGUCAGUAACUGAACCCACACUACUGUGUCCAACUAAAGAGCAGGUUUGCUAAAAAAUACUUGUUAAGCAGCUACUAUGCACUACACUCUAGGGAUACAGGUCUUGCACAAGAUGGUCAUAGUCCUUAGCUUUAUGCAUCUUAUAGCCUGAUGGUGAUGUUAAAUUUUUAAAAUACCUCACAAAUAUCUGCACUAAAAUGUAAUCAGCCACCUGAAAGCCCCUCUUCACUUGGUCCUCCAUCCAAUGAGAAUCUUGAUAGGCAACAUAUUAAUAUAUCUUUCCCCAGUCAUAAGAGAGGUCUCGAAAAAGCCUACUCCAGGUAUUGCAGAAAGGUUAUUUUGAAUGCUAACUGAUCACAGCUGUUUGCAUCACUGCUGAAAAUGACUAUCACAACAUCCUGUAUUGAGCAGAAAAAAGGUACUGAAAUCUUAUAGUAACAGCUUAUGUGCCUUGUAUUUGUCUAAUUCUGUAUGGCUUCCCCAUGUUUGAUAUUUCAAUGUUUGGAAGCAGAUGGAGUCAUUGGUCCACAUACAGCAUGGUGAUAUAGACUUUCUGCUUAAUCAAGUCUCCACCAUGAUUCUAGACUCUCUUGCUGUGCAUUUAACUGCCUUUCCUAUGAUUCUGAAAAUCAUCCUUGUCCAGAACUUCCCAUAUUGUACUCUGUAAUCCUGUGUGAACAUCUGCCCUUUGAAUUUGUUUUGGGACCACAUUCUCAUCCCCAGAAGGGGAGCCACCAACUUCCUACUUGUAUUUAUGAUGAUUCCUUCUCUGCUCACCCCUCCCCCUUCCAACACUCAAGAGGCUAAUGUAUGAUUUAUGAAAGCCUUGUUUUCUUUUAGAUCCUCUCCCUUUCAUCAUGCUGGUUUGUAUCACUCAGCUGCUUGUGUGAUCCAAGUUGGUGUGGGACCCCUCUGGGUCACUGGAGACCAGUGACCUUCUUGUGAACAUAGCAACUAAUUUCAGUUGUCACUCUGACAAUUGCUCUAGGUUCAGGCUUCACAGUACAGAAUCUUAGCAGCUGUAUUUCUACUACUGCAACCAUUUCUGUAUCUAUUUACUACUUGGACAAUCCUUGCAGUCAUUAAAUUUGCCAAUCUUCUCCAAAUCUGCAAAUAGAUUCUUGAGUUAUGCUACAAAAUAUUUUCUUUGAAUUGCUAAAGUAAUAAGAGGAGUUUUAUUAAUCCUCUAGAUGGGUCUUGGUGAAGACAGCAACUUCCCACCUAGAUGGCGAACUUCAGUAGGGCAAAGUAUGCAGUGUCUGUCUCAAACACUAUCUGGUGCUGAGCAGAAUACUGGCAUUUAAUAUGUGUUUGUUUUUUUUUUUCGCUAGCUGAUGGGGCUAAGUGCCACCUUGGAUUCUCACAUUUAUUGAAAGCCCUGCUUACUUCUUGUAUGAUAUAUAAAUAUGUAAUCCUUUAUUACAUUACUUUUUUAAUGGCUUAUUCAUUGCCACUAUAUAUGCGAGUGGUAUUUAACUGUUUCACACCCAUUUUUAUGUUUUGUUUGACUUUAUACAGUAUAUAAUAUUGAAAGUUAUCAAUUUUCUUAUGAAAAGCCAUGUAUUAUAAAGCCAUCUCUUACAAUUAUGUGGUGAAGGUAGGAAGAAGAGAAAGCAAGAAAAUCAAUGUCUUUCCCUUGUCUAAAUAUUUAAAUAUAAGGGGAGGAGUUAAUAUGAGUUCUUGUAUUGAGUGAGUUAUUUGUAAAGAAGAUUGAAAGGGUAGAUAUAUUUUCACUAAGAAUUCAUUAUUUGGUGAAUGAAAGAGUGUCUGUCCCAUUUUAGAAAGAAUGCCUUAAUAUUGUGCUGUGUUUUAGGGCUUGAAGAUUUUUUCUUCUACUACUACCACUUCUUGGUUUGCUUGUUUAUAGCACUUACCUUGAUUGAGUCUUUCAAAAAGAAUACAUGCUCUUAAAUCAGAAGACCCUAGCUUCUCAGGAUUUUUUUUAAUGUGGCCUUUAUCUCUGUUCUUUGUUCUCUUCUUAUCCCCUCAAAAUAUAGCCGCAGGUAAAUUGUAAGCUAUGAAGCACUAUAUCCAACUAGCUAAGUAUCAUUGUCAUCAUCAUUAUCACAUCCUUUGUAAAUCAAGACCAACCCCAUAACCCUAGAUAUUUUAAGAAAUUACCAGAAUUAUAUCUUUGGGAAAUGGCCUUUGUCAGCCCAAAUCUAAUAUAAUAAAUGCAAGCACUUUGCCCAGGCAAAUUCCUGAAAAGAACACAGUGCCACAGAAACAGUUCAGAAAGUCCUGUGAGCCUUGGUCAAUGAUUAUCUCCUGUCACAGAGUUAACAUGGUUUGGCAACUGACCCGGAGGUGAGAGAGCAAGAAAAGAAGUGACAAAAGCAUCAAGAUUCCUCAAGUAGAUACGUCAUGAAAUGAGUUGGAGUAGACUCAGAUAUUGUGUUCAGAAUAGAAGCCAGGAGAUUUGACUAUCUCCAUACCAGAUUAUUUCUGUCUUAUUUGAAGAAUCUUAUUUUGCUAUGAAGUGUUGAAAACAAACAUUCCUGCAGAGAGCUGUUAGUCCUGACCUUUGCUGAGUGCAUAAUAUUCUGGGUGAACUAUGAACAGAAAUAUUAUACUGUACUUUCUUGUCUUAGAAAAGUUUUCAAAUAAAAAUUUUGCACAUGUGGUAUGACAGUUGCAAGUGAGCAUUUGAGGAGACUAGAACUUUAUUGCAUUUGAGGCUAUUCCAGGGAGAUUACGUGGUAAUCACUCUACAUAGGAUGCCUUUGUUUGGUCAAAAUUCUAGUGAGGUGUGACCUUGCAAAGAUUUUUCCAGAGUAUUUCUGGAGGAUGCUGAACUUGAGUGAAUUGUUAACAUGUCUAAAAGUAUUCCUGUGGUCACUCCUGAAUUGGAUUUUUAACUAUGUUAGCUCCAGAUGUGAAGAAAGUAUAUAAUAAUAGAAAAUGACUGUUCUCCGUCUUUUACACAGAAAAUUUUGUUAAUAAAAAUUUCCUCAGGCCAUCCCACUACAUGGUUCCCAAAGCACUUUCUCCUGAGUAAACCAAUAGGCUCUGACUCUUUCUCAACCUCUUAUGAUAAAAACUGUUUUGAUGUACUGUUGGAUUCAGUUUGCCAGUAUUUUGUUGAGGAUUUUUACAUCGAUGUUCAUAAAGGAUAUUGGCCUGAAGUUUUCUUCUUUUGUUGUGUCUCUGCCAGGUUUUAAUAUCAGGACGAUGCUGGCCUCGUAGAAUGAGUUAGGGAGGAGUCCCUUCUCCUCAAUUUUUUGGAAUAGUUUCAGCAGGAAUGGUACCAGCUCUUCUUUGUACAUCUGAUAGAAUUCAGCUGUGAAUCUAUCUGAUUCUGGGCUUUUUAUGUUGAGUAAGCUAUUUAUUACUGACUCAGUUUCAGAGCUCGUUAUUGGUCUGUUCAAGAUUUAAUUUCUCCCUAGUUCAGUCUUGGGAGGGUGUAUGUGUCCAGGAAUUUAUCCAUUUCUUCUAGAUUUUCUAGUUUAUGUGCAUAAAGGUGUUCAUAAUAUACUCUGAUAGCUAUUUGUAUUUCUGUGGGGUCAGUGGUAAUAUCCCCCUUGUUGUUUCUGACUGUGUUUAUUUGAAUCUUCUCUCUUUUCUUCUUUAUUAACCUAGCUAGUGGUCUGUUUUAUUAAUUUUUUUCAGAAAACUAGCUCCUGGAUUUGUUGAUCUUUUGAAUGGUUUUUCAUGCCUCAAUCUCCUUCAUUUCAGCUCUGAUUUUGCUUAUUUAUUGUCUUUUGCUAGCUUUGGGAUUGGUUUACUCUUGGUUCUCUAGUUCUUUUAGUUGUGAUAUUAGGUUAUUAAAUUGAGAUCUUUCUAACUUUUUUGAUGUGGGCAUUUAGUGCCAUAAAUUUCCCUCUUAACACUGCCUUCGCUGUGUUCCAGAGAUUCUGGUAUGUUAUAUCUUUGUUCUCCUUAGUUUCAUAGGACUUAUUGGUUUCUUUCUUUUUGAAUGGAGUUUCGCCCUUGUGGCCCAGGCUGGAGUGCAAUGGUACAAUCUUAGCUCCCCGCAACCUCCAUCUCCAGAGUUCAAGUGAUUCUUUUGCCUCAGCCUCCUGAGUAGCUGGGAUUACGGGCACCCACCACCACACCCGGCUAGUGUUUGUAUUUGUAGUAGACAGGGUUUCACCAUGUUGGCCGGGCUGGUCUCAAACUCCUGAACUGAGGUGAUCCACCCACCUUGGCCUCCCAAAGUGUGGGGAUUACAGGCGUGAGCCACCACACCCAGCCAGGACUUCUUGAUUUCUGCCUUAAUUUCAUUAUUUACCCAAAAGUUAUUCAGAAGCAGGUUAUUCAGUGUCCAUGUACUUGUAUGGUUUUGAGUGAAAUUGCAUUGUCUUGAUUUCUAAUUUGAUUGUGCUGUCAUCCAAGAGAUUGUUUGUAAUGAUUUCAUUUCUUUUGCAUUUGCUGAGGAGUGUUUUACUGCUGAUUAUGUGUUCAAUUUUCAAAUAUACGCCAUGCGGCAAUAAGAAGAAUGUACAUUCUGUUUCUUGGGGAUGGAGAGUUUGGUAGAUGUCUGUCAGGUCCAUUUGAUCCAGUGCUGAGUUUGGGUCCUGAAUAUCUUUGUUAAUUUUCUGUCUUGAUUAUCUGUCUAAUAUUGUCAGUGGGUGUUAGACUCCUACACAAUAAUAGUGGGAGACUUUAUGUCUCUUUGAAGGUCUCUAAGAACUUGCUUUAUGAAUCUGGAUGCUCUUGUGUUGCAUGCAUUUAUAUUUAGGAUAGUUAGAUAUUCUUGUUGAAUUGAACCGUUACUAUUAUCUAAUGUGCUUCCUUGUCUUUUUUUAAUCUCUUCUGGUUUAAAGACUGUGUCUGAAACUAGAAUCGCAACACCUGCUUUUUCUGUUUUCCAUUUGCUUGGUAGAUUUUUCUUCAUCCCUUUAUUUUGAGCCUGUAUAUGUCAUUGCAUGUGAGGUGGGACUCUUGAAGACAGCAUACCAAUGGGUCUUGCUUCUUUAUCCAGUUUGCUACUCUGUGUCUCUUAACUGGGGCAUUUAAAUCAUUUACGUUCAAGGUUAGUAUUAACAUGUAUGGAUUUGAUCAUGUCAUCAUGCAGUUAGCUGGUUAUUUUGCAGACUUGUUUAUAUGGUUGCUUUGUAGUGUCACUGGUCUUUGUACUUCAGUGUGUUUUUGUAGUGCCUGGUAAUGGUCUUUCCUUUCCAUAUUUAGCGCUUCUUUCAGAAGCUUUUGUAAGACAGUUCAGGUGGUAACAAAUUUCCUAAGUAUUUGUUUGUCUGAAAAGUAUCUUAUUUCUCCUUCACUUAUGAAGCUUAGUUUGGCUGGAUAUGAAAUUAUGGGUUGGAAUUUCUUUUCUAUAAGUUUAUUGAAUAUUGGCCCCCAAUCUGUUCUGGCUUGUAGGGUUUCUGCUGACAGGUCUGCUGUUAGUCUGAUGAGUGUCCCUUUGUAGGUGACCUGACCUUUCUCUCUACCUGCCUUUAAUAUUUUUUCUCUCAUUUCGACCUUGGAGAAUCUGAUAAUUAUGUGUCUUGGGGAUGAUCUUCUUGCAAAGUAACUUCUGGGGUUCUCUGCAUUUCCUGAAUUUGAAUGUUGGCCUCUCUAGCUAGGUUAGGGAAGUUCUAAUGGUUGAUAUCAUGAAAAAUGUUUUCCAAGUCAGUUCAAUUCUCCCCAUCUCUUUCAGGAACACCAGUGAGUCAUAGAUUUGGUCUCUUUAUAUAAUCUCAUAUUUCUCAGAGGUUUUGUUCAUUGAUUUUCAUUCUUUCUUCUCCAUUCUUCUCUGACUCUCUUAUUUCAGAAAGCCAGUCUUCAAGCUCUGCAGAUUCUUUCCUCGCUUGGCCUAUUCUGCUAUUAAUACUAUGAUUCCAUUAUGAAAUUCUUGUAGUGUUUUUAAGCUCUAUCAGGUUGGUUACAUUAUUUUCUAUACUGGCUAUUUUGUCUAUUAGUUCCUGCAUUGUUUUAUUAUGAUUUUUAGCUUCCUUAGAUUGGAUUUUAACGUACUUCUGUAGCUCAGUGAUCUUUGUUCCUAUCCAUAUUCUGAAUUUUAUUUCUGUUAUUUCAGCCAUCUCAGCCUGGUUCAGCACCCUUGCUGGAGAGGUGAUAUCAUCAUUUGAAAGAAAGAAGGCACUCUGGUUUUUUGAGUUGUCAGGGUUCUUGCACCAAUUCUUUCUUAUUUUUGUGGGCUUAUCUUACUUCGGUCUUUGAGGUUGCUGACCUUUGGAUGGGUUGAUUUUAUUUGAAUGGGUAUCCUAUUUGAUGACCUUGAUUGUUAUCAAAUUGUGAUUGUGAAAUAAGGUGGAUUCAGCUGACUGGCUUCACUUCUGGAAGAUUUUAGGGGAUCAGUGCUUAGCUCCCACCACCUGGCCUAUGUGCUCUAACUCUGGGGAACUUGUACUGGGGCCUUGACUUUGUUCUCUGGCUCCUUAAGGUUAAAAAUCCACUGUGCUGGAGGUGGCCAAGGUGCUCCCAGACUGCUGGUCACUACACUUCAAUGGGUGGUGUCAUCUAAAGCAUUUUAUAGUGCAGUGACAGCAGGAUCCAUCCUCAUUCACACAGGUCAGCAGCAAUGGUAGCAGCAGCAGGGUGCCUGCCUCCCUGUGGUCAUUCACCACAGUGGUAGAGGUAAUGCAGCUGUUGGGGAAGAUGGCCAGAGGGGCCCCUGCUGGUGACGGCAUGCAUGGUCACGUUGGAGGUCGCAUUGACUCAGGAGCAGGACACUAGUGGGCACAGGUCUAGGUGCCUUCUUUGUGCUCUGCAAGCAGGAGUAGUUGCUCAGGGUGGGGGAGGAUCUGCUGUUCUCUGCACAGUGUUAGCACAAGGAUGGGGCACUGGAAGGGGUGGGGCUGGCUGGCUCUGUGCCCACCAAGCCUCCAUCUGCAAUGGCGGUCAGCAGAAUGAGGUGAGGCAGACUGCACUCUCAUGUGCUAGCAGGGCAAUGAAAGCAAAACCCACUUAUGCAAACACACACCAGCAAAACGAUUUGGGGAAUUGCCAUGGGCCCUGGCAGGGAAGCCGCAGUAUGGGAAGGGAGCAUGUGGGCUGGUAUGUGGCAGUAGGAGCCACCCUGUUGGAGCUCUCUGCCAGUCAGGUAUGGUCUGCCACCACAAAAACCAUGGUGUGGGCCCCCAGGGCACCUGAGACUAUCCUGUAAGCAGGUGUGGCCAGGCUGGGGCCCCAGGAGAGGCCACCAGACCAAGGGUUGCUCAGGUCACACUGGCCCCAUCUGAUGGGCAAGAUUGCCCUGCAGAAUUCAGGACCGAUAGUUCCCCUAGGGCUAAAGUCUCCUAUAGGAACAAGUCAAGCCUAAUGGGAUAGCUGUCCCUGACUGUGCUCUGCUACAGACACUCCCACACCAAACCCUCCAAGCUCCACUUCAGCUGGCUGUCCCUACCACUUCUCUAAGCAGCUCUCUCUGCCAAUUCAAGUGUCCAUGGUGGUUGAGAGGUCUCUUCCUGCCAAGGUUCCAGAGGCCCACGGUGAUAGUGGGUUGCUCCUUGUCAGUUCAACUCAUUCGUUCCCCCAAAGCCACUGGGAAUCAGGAACGAGUCCAAGUGUGCUGUAUCCCCAUGUGGGGUUUCCAGCUUUCUCCCCUUUCAGCCCAGCUUCUGUGUCUUCCCUUCAUUCACAGCAUCUUCCCUCUGAAGAUCUGUUAGGAGCACGCUAGUCGUCUCAGUCCCUUGGUGGGAAGGAUUCCACCUGUCUGUGUCUAGUUGGCCAUCUUGCCCACCCCUUCUGCUUUCCUUUAUUUUACCUGAAAACAAAACUGAAUUUAACCCAAAGCUUCUUCAUCUCUUUGAAUUUAUACUGUUCCUUUGAGUAUCCUUUAAGUCCCAUCAUAAGCACCACCCUCCAUAAAGCUUUGCCCAGUUCUUCUAACCUCAUUGAUCUGCCUCUGCUGCUCUGCUCUGAACUUGAUCCUUAUUUUUAGGCCCUUAUCCUUAACCUUGUAGAAGAGUCGCUUGUGUUCCUGUCUUGGGUCUCCCUGUGUUUCCACAGGCAGAAAGCUGCAUGCCUUAUCCAUUCCUCCACUCCCUAUGGUGCUUAGCUUGGCAUCUUCCUAACACUGGCUAGAUGGGCUCUGUCUCUUGCCGCAUAUGCACAUUGUGAAGCAAUAUGUCAUACAUGUCAGAUGUUAACCAUGGAAGGGACCUCAGAGAUUAACUAGUAUCAUCUCUUCAUUUUAACAUGAGAAAACUGAGAUUUGCAAAGGCCAGCCACCCAAGGUCAUUGGUGAGAUGGUGGCAGAGCUAGGUCACCUGACUCCCUGUAAAUUACCACCUUCUAAAAUGUGGAGGGAAAUAUGAUGUCAGGGGAGAGUAUUUUGUGGUCAUGAAAUAGUAUGGAUUUCCUAUAUCCUGAUGGAAAUAAUAGAGCAGAGGGGAAAAUUGAUGAUGCAAUGAUUGUAAGAGGGAAGUUAUCAAGUAGGUAAAAGGAGGUAAAAUCCAGUACACAAAUAGAGGACUUAGAAACUAGCCUGGACAAUUUACCUAUAGUGACAGGAUGGGAUGCUGAGUGUGUGGGUAUAGAUGUAGGUAGACUGGUAGAUAUCAAGAGCAUGUGGAAGUUUCCUUCUAUUGAAUAAGAAGUAUGGUUUACGGAUAAAAAUGGUUUAUGGGUAAAAAUGAGGAGGAGGCAGAAGACAUUGUAGGUUUGAAGAGAGAAGAGAUAAAAGUUUUUCUAGGAGAGUGGGAAAGGGAAUUGAUGAGGGAAUCAUAGUAUGAUUUCAGGCAGCUGUGACCAUUAAGGUUUGUGGUCAAACAAUGGUUUUCGGUGGAGAUGCUGUCAGUGUUUCAGACAGGCAUCUUCCUUGGCAUUUAGCAUCGCUGGCCCUUGGUAGUACCCCUCAAUCGUUGUGCUGAUCAAAAUGUUCUCUGCCCCAUUUCCAAACACUGCCCAGGGAACUGAACCUUUCCUGGUUGAGGACCACAGAGAGACCAAUCACAAAGUUGCAUAGUUUUCUUCAGUUACAUUCAGAUGUUGGCAGGGACUAUGCAAAUUCUGGGUUUAUGAGUGUUAGGGUUAGACAGAAAAGGACAGUGAAAAGAGAGAGUCAAAGGAAUUGAAAGUGUAUGUAAUGCAGUAAUUAUAACAGAUUUUAUGAACAACAAAAUACCUCUGCUGGCCUGGGGCAACUCAGGACACCACAGUGGGAAGGGAAUCCCUGGCUACCAUUGAUGAACAUUUGGACAUGUGUCCAAUUUUGGGCUAUUAUUAAUAAAGCUUAUAUGAAAAUUUUUUUUUUUUUUUUUUUUUUUUUUUUUUUUUUGAGACAGAGUCUCGCUCUGUCGCCCAGGCUGAAGUGCAGUGGCACGAUCUCGGCUCACUGCAAGCUCCGCCUCCCGGGUUCACGCCGUUCUCCUGCCUCAGCCUCUCCGAGUAGCUGGGACUACAGGCGCCCGCCACCACGCCCGGCUAAUUUUUUUUUGUAUUUUUAGUAGAGACGGGGUUUCACCAUGGUCUCGAUCUCCUGACCUCGUGAUCCGCCCCCCUCGGCCUCCCAAAGUGCUGGGAUUACAAGCGUGAACCACCGCGCCCGGCCAUAUGAAUAUUUUUAUACUUACCUUUGGGUGGACAUAGGCAUUUAUUUCUCUUAGGAGUAUACACAGAGAAAUAGAGUUCUCUUGGGAUUUGCUUGAUCAAAGGGAAUAUGUAUCUUUAGCUUUAUUUAAAAUUGCUGUAUAUUUCCUUAAAAAUUACACAUACACAUACUAUGACUUAGCCAUUCCAUCUCUGGUAUUUACCCAAGAGAAAAUAAAGCAUAUGUCUGCACACACAAAGACUUGCAAAUUAAUAUUCGUAGCAGCUUUAUUUGUAACAGCAAAGAACCAGAAACAACCCAAAUGUUCACCAGCAGGUGAAUGGAUAAACAAAUUGAUGUGUAGCCAUACGACAGAAUAACAUUCAAUAAAAAACAAAGCAAACAAAACAACUACUGAUACACACAACAAGGGUGAAUCUCAAAAUAAUUGUUUUGGGUAAAGAAGCUAGACACAAAGAGUACCUACUAUGUGAUUUCAUGUAUAUAAAAUUCUAGACAAUACAAACUAAUUCAUAGUGCUAGAAAGCAGAUCAGUCAUUGCCUGGGUGUAGUGAGGACUGAUUAGAGAGAAAGGGAAGAAUUGCAAAAGGCAUGAGGAAACUUCUGGGAAUGUGGACAUGUUCAUUUUUUUUGGCAUGGUAAUGGAUUCAUGGGUAUAUACAUAUGUUAAAAUAAAAAUGUAUCAAAUUGUACACAUUAAGAAUGUGCAAUUGGGCUGGGCAUGGUGGCUCACGCCUGUAAUCCCAGCACUUUGGGAGGCAGAGACAGGCGGGUCACGAGGUCAGGAGAUCGAGACCAUCCUGGCUAACACGGUGAAACCCCAUCUCUACUAAAAAUACAAAAAAAAAAAAAAAUUAGCCAGGCAUGGUGGUGGGCGCCUGUAGUCCCAGCUACUCAGGAGGCUGAGGCAGGAGAAUGGCAUGAACCUGGGAGAUGGAGCUUGCAGUGAGCCGAGAUUGCGCCACUGCACUCCAGCCUGGGUGACAGAGUGAGACUCUGUCCCAAAAAAAGAAAAAAAAAAAAAAAGAAAGAAUUUGCAAUUGAUUGUAUAUGAAUUAUACUGAAAGCUGUGAAAAAAAUUUAAAAAAUGACUGAAGUUUUCCAAAGUGGUUGAACUAUUUUAAAUUCCUAUCAGCAUUGUGUGAGAAUUCUAGUUGUCUACCACAUCUUUACCAAAAAUUGAUCUUAAUUAGUGCCUUUAAUUUAACCAUUUGGUGGUAGUGUAGUGGUGUUGCAUUGUGGUUUUCAUUUGUAUUUUUCUGAUGUCUAAUGAUAUAAACUUCCUUUUUCAUAUGCUUAUGAGUCAUUUGAAAACACUCUUUUGUUAUGUGUCUAUUUCCAGUAUUUCUCCCUUUUUAUUGAAUUCCUUAAAUCUGUAGUUUUGACUAUAAGUCCCUUGUCAUAUGUAUUACAUAUCUUCCAAAAAUCUCAGUCUGUGGCUUGCCAUUUCACUCUGUUGUCUUUUGUUGAAUAGUUCUUAAUGAAAUCCAAUUUAUUACGCUUUUCUCUUUAGCACUUUAUAUAUCUUGUUUAAAAUGUUUUAACCUAUCUAAAAUACUGAAGAUUUUUUUUCUAGAACUUUAUUGCUUUAGUUUUCAUAUGUAAGCUAUCACAAUUUUUAUUUUGGUAUGAUGUGAAGUAGAGGAUUAAUGCUUCUUUUUAUUUUAAUGGAUUCCAAUUGACCCAAUACUGUUCAGUGAGAAGACUGGCUUCUCUUGCACUCAAUUGCAAUGGCACCCUUGUCACAAAUCAAAUGACCAAAUGAAAACCAUUUCUUAUGCUUCAUUUGUAGUUUUUCUUCGCCAUGUUUAUAGGUUUUAUAUCAAGAAUGUGCUGAUCUCGUAAAAUAAGUAGAGAUCAGAGGGUCUCCUUUAUAUGCUCUGAAACAUCUGUACUUUAGAAAUUAUAUAUUCUUUACAAUUUUGAAAUAUUUAACCCUUAGUUCUACAUGGGGGAUAAGGUAAAAAACAAUGAAAUACUUAACCUUGAAGCUAUUUUUAUCCAGUCAGCCUCCAAUCAAGGAAACAGAAACCACUCGAGUAUUUAAAAAAGAAGGUGAUAUGGUUAGGCUUUGUGUCCCCACGCCAAUUCUCAUCUUGAAUUGUAAUCCCCAUAAUCCCCAUGUGCCAAGGGAGAGACCAGGUGGAGGUAAUUGAAUCAUGGUGACGGUUCCCCCAUGCUGUUCUCAUGACAGUGAGUGAGUUCUCAUGAGAUCUGAUGGUUUAAUAAAGGGCUCUUCCCCCUUCGCUUGACACUUCUCCUUCCUGCUCUCUUGUGAAGAAAGUGCCUUGCUUCUACUUCAUCUUCUGCCAUGAUUGUUAAGGUUCCUGAGGUCUCCCCAGCUAUGCAGAACUGUGAGUCAAUUAAACCUCUUUCUUUUAUAAACUA